CGACCAUGCAUCCUAUUCCUCCUCUUCACACUAGGGCCUCAAGUGACGCAGGCGUCCAUUGACCUCGAUCUAACCGACGAAGGCAUAUACAAUUCCAUAAAAGCCGCUGCCAAAACCGCCGCAGCAGGCAUGAUGCAAUACUACACAGGCGACCAGCCCGGCGAUGUCCCAGGCAACAUCCCAGCCCCGUACUACUGGUGGGAAGCAGGCGCGAUGUUCGGUGCAAUGGUCGAAUACUGGUACUACACCGGCGACGACAAAUGGAACAACAUGACCACACAAGCUCUCCUCCACCAGGUAGGCGACAACAACAACUUCAUGCCGCAGAACCAGACCCUCUCGCUCGGCAAUGACGACCAAAUCUUCUGGGGCUUUGCAGCCAUGGCAGCCGCGGAGCUGGGAUAUCCCGAUCCACCGGCGAACCAGCCGCAGUGGCUAUCGCUUGCAGAGAAUGUAUUUAAUUCGCAGGCUACGCGGUGGGACGAGUCGACGUGCGCAGGCGGGUUGCACUGGCAGAUCUUUGAGUAUAACGGAGGGUGGUCGUAUAAGAAUACCAUUGCCAAUGGUGGGUUCUUUGAUGUCGCGGCUCGGCUGGCUAGGUAUACGGGGAACGAUACGUUCGCGGAGUGGGCGAAUAAAGCCUGGGACUGGACGAAUGCUACGGGGCUCAUAGGUCCGCAGUGGCAUAUUUUUGAUGGCUCCGAUAGCACGGAUAAUUGCACUGCCAUCAACCAUGUGCAGCAUGCAUAUCUGCCUGCGGUGUAUCUCCACGGUGCGGCAAAUAUGUACAACAUUACCGAUGGCUCCGAUAUCUGGCGAGAGCGCAUAGAAGGCCUCAUCAGCGGUCUAGACACGUUCUUCCCUAACAAAGAAAACAUAAUGGCUCAGCCCUGCGAAUCAGCAACCUGCGACCUAAACUCCCGCUCGUUCAAAGCAUACCUGGCAAGGUUCAUGGGCGCAUCAAUCCCCCUAGCCCCGUUUACCAACGAAACACUAUGGCCGAAGAUCCAGACGUCGUCCAUAGCAGCGGCAGAACAAUGCAACGGGCCCAACAAUGCCUGCGGGCUGAUAUGGACUGAUCGGACGGACUACAAAAGCACCACCGGGAUCGGCGAGCAGAUGGCUGCUUUGGAGAUCUUCAAGGCGAACUUGGUGCAUACUGUCGAGGCGCCUGUUACAGGGAAGACGGGCGGUACUAGUAAGGGGAAUUCUGGGACUGGUGAUGAGAGUGGCUCGAACACUGCGGCAGACAAGGAUAUUCGUACUCGGGCGAUUUCGAUAGGCGAUAGAGCUGGUGCGGGGAUUGUUGCUGCUUUGGCUGUUUUAAUGCCUGUUAGUGCUGCGGCGUUUUUGUUUGUAUCUUCGUGA